AUGGGGUGCACUGCAGGCAAGGCAGAGGCACAGGAGCAGCCCAAGGCUUCGAGAUGGUACAGCCACGUGUUGCAGCGCAAGUGGACGUCACACUGCUCAUCGUAUGGACCGGAAGUGGACUAUCGGAUUCGAUACCUGCCCUUUGAAAUCCGAGGGGCCGGGGUGCUCGUCAAGGAAGACGAGCGCCACUUCCGCGUUGAUAACAGCAAGCUUGGAGAGCAUGCUCAAGGACUUUGCUACAGGCUGUCCAAAGAUACUCGUGACAAGGACUUCGAGCACGUCGCCUUUUGGAAUAGCGUCAUUGCCGGAAAAGAUGUCGGCAAUGGGUGGCUUCUCUGUGACCUUGAUAGCGAGAACCUCGAAUUGUUAGACCAGCUGAGAGAGACGCCGCUUGAAACACUCUGUUCGAAAUUCUCCGGAAACUGGAUGCUGUGUUGCUCCACAAGCUCAAAUAUUGAUGGCCGAUGGGUUUCCAACACCUUUUCAGGACACAAGAGGAUUCAGGGCGCUUUCCUGAAGACUUCGACUGGCACACACCCGCUUAAGUGGGAAGGCCUCAAUGCGUUUUCAAUGAACGUGGGCGGGGAAAUGCGGCGAGCACGUUUGGUGGAAGACCGCCUCAUAUGGAACGAUGGGGAGCUUUGGACCCGUGAUCGGCGCGACAUGGACAUGUUAAAGCCGACUGACAAGUGGGGCCAUGACUUGGAAUCUGCCAAUGCCAGAUUCUUGUGUGUAUGUCAAAAGGGUCUCAAACCUGGAAGCCUCAACCAGGAUGCAUGGAGCGUUUUACGGAUCGAGAAUGAGUUUUCCCUGUACACAGUGUGUGAUGGCCAUGGACCACAUGGUCAUGACGUGGCAAACUUUGUGAAGGAUAACUUGCCAAGAGUCCUGAUCAAAGACCCGCGCUUCACCCUGGGCCAAGGUGGCCAAAGCCCUGCAAGCCCUGCUUUCCUCGAUACUUUCCGCCUGGUGCACAUGCUGAUCGACAGCGCGGAUGCUUUUGAUAGGCUCGAUGCGCUCUGGUCCGGCACGACCGCAACCACGAUCCUCCACAACCACAAGACUGGCCAGCUGCUCUUUGCACAUGUCGGGGACAGCAGCGCCGUUGUCGGGAGUCAAACCGCCAACGGCAAGGAGGUUCGGGCACAUCAGCUUACCCGAGACCACAAGCCCUUUUUGCCCGACGAGCGUGACCGCGUGGCGGCAUUGGGUGGCACGAUUGAGUUCGAUGGCGUUGCUGAUUUCCGCGUCUACAACAAAGACGGUUAUGGUGCAGGUCUGAACAUGACCCGAUCCUUGGGCGAUCUCAGCGCUCAUCGCGAGUGUGGCCUCAUUGCAGAUCCAGAAGUGGGCGAGUACAUGGUAGAUUCAGAAGAUCAAGUCCUUUUGCUGUGCAGCGAUGGGAUUUGGGAGUUCAUGAGUCCUCAGGAGGCGGUGGAACUGGUGCUGAAGCAGAGCGACCCUUCAUCUGCCGCGAGGGCUUUGGUUACUGAGGCACGCGGUCGAUGGGUAGAGCGUGCUGAGUAUAUCGAUGACAUUGUUGCCCUUGUUGUGUACUUGAACGCGGGACGUGAUCGCGCUGUUUGUGCAACCAUUGCCAGCGGCGGAGCAUGA